AUGGUAUCGUACGAAGAGGCUAAAACGCUGCGGGACGAAAUAUCCCAAUUAUUAAACAAGGGAGGUCUCAAUUUGCGUCAAUGGGCAUCCAAUGAUCGUCGACUUCUUGAGGGAUUACCGGAAGGAAGCGUCAAUUUACAGUUGAAGACGUCGACUAAUACGAAGGUCAAGACUUUGGGUCUGUACUGGGAUUCAGAGCAAGACAUAAUCGUGUAUAUGAUCGAUCCGAUCGCGCCGACAACGAAAAUUACAAAACGGUCUAAAAAGUGUCGAAGAUCUUCGACCCUCUGGGAUUUCUGGGAUCGGAUGAAGGACGAAGACGAGAGCGAAUACGUGAACGACUACGUGAACGAAAACGAAGACGAGAACAACGACGAGGACGAGAAUUACGAAGACGAAAACAGGAACGAAUACGAAGACGAGUACGAGGACGAAAACGAGAACGAGAACGAGUACGAUGACAAGAAUGACGACGAGGACGAGAACGAACAACCAAAAUAA